AUUCUUUACAAGUGGGUGAAUUACUGCAAGGGAUGGAGGUCGCGGUGGUUCGUGCUCGAAGAUGGCGUCCUUUCGUAUUACAAGGUUCACGGACCGGACAAGAUUCUGAUGAGUCCGGCGAGAGAGAAGAGCCUUAGAGUGAUCGGAGAGGACUCGUUGCUGUACAUGAAGAAGGCGAAUUGGAGUGGCAAUCGGCUCGUCGGCGACUCAGCUAGGCCUUGCAAGCCUUUCGGCGAAGUUCAUUUGAAGGAUUCUUUAAUACGAACGAGUAAAGCGGAUGACAAGAGGCUUUCGAUAUUCACUUGGACGAAGAUUCUUCACUUGCGUUGUAUGUCCAGAGAAGACAGAGCUGUGUGGAUAGAAGCACUUGUAGCUGCUAAGGAUGUUUUCCGUCGAGUCUUGACAAGCAGUGAUUUUCGGCCUUCGGAAGACAUUGCGGUUGUGACGGAGAAGCUGAGAUUAAGGUUGCAGCAGGAGGGCAUUGGGGAGGCAGUCAUCAAGGACUGUGAAUCUAUUAUGCUUUCGGAAACCUCGGAGCUUCAAAACCAGAUGAAGGCGAUGAAGGCUCUUCAGCAUAAGCAUGCUCUUUUGUUGGACACCUUAAGACAAUUAGAGACAGAGAAAAUAGAGCUGGAAACUAAUGUUGUGGAUGAAACAAAGGAACAGGAGUCAUAUUGUGGACAAGAUAAAAGUUUAUUUGCAGUAGCAGGUGGUGCAACGGAUAGCAUAUUGAAGUUGUCUGAACUAGAUAAAGCUGAUAAUAAGAAUAAUUCAAAUGCUGGAGACUUCAUCAAGACACCUGAAACUGUGCUUCCAUCAGCAGCAUCAACAUCAAGUACACACUCCUUUGGGGAAACACCUGGUGGUGUUAGUUUGAAAAAUGGGUCCUCUGCUUCAGCUUCCAGCAACCCGGUUGUUUUCAGUAAUUUGACAAGUCAAAACUCCUCCACUAGCUCGCUUUUCACAAACGAUGGUAGCGAUACUGCCAGCAUAAUGACUGCUACUACCCCUACGCCUGCCUCCAGCAAUAGCUGUCUCUCUACUUCAACUCCAGCUCCUUCAGGACUAGCUGCAUCUGUAUCUAAAUUUGGGUCCUCCACUCCUUCAACAGCAGCUGCUCCAGUUUCAGAAACGUCUUCAUCAUCCGCUGCAUCUCUGCUUAAGCUCUCUACGGAUUCAACUGCAGUUGCACCAAUUUCAGAAACUUCUUCAGCACCAGCUGAGCCUGUUAAGUUUGUAUCAUCUACGACUUUAACUGCUGCUGCACCAGUUUCGGAAACUUCUACAGCACCAGUUGCACCUGAAUUUGAAUUUGGAUCCACUGUGGCUUCAAGUUCAUUUGCACCAGUACCGCACAGUUCUGAUGUCGUAUCUGAGGCAAUUAAGAUGAAGCAGGACACUAGCUUUGGUAUGCCUCGUACAGCUGAUGAUGACAAAUAUACUGCUAAAGUGAGUGGUAUAGAUUCUAGGAACCAAAAGGUGAAUCAUGAAGAUUCUACACCGCCAAAAAAGGAUGCUGUAAGUGGUCCAGAAACUUUUGUUCCUGCUGCACAAAACUCUGUUGCCUAUCAUCCACAGAAGAAAUGGGCUUUUCGGAUGAGCGUACCUGAGGAGUUUCUGAACUCGGACGAUGAUAGCUAUCCAAAUGGCGAUGCAUCUGAUGCAUUGCUGAAGGGAGCGAAAAGUAGACUUCUCUUCGGCAGAGGAGAAGAGCUCUGCUACUGAAUAUGUUAAGCUGGAGAAAGCUUCAGCUAUAAAAGAAAACAGGCCAGCAGUGACUGAAAUGAACCAAAAAAAUGAUAUUGGAAAUUCUGUUGUAUCUAUGACCGAUAAAAAGAGAACUGAUGAGUGAGUUUUACUCGCUCAUUUUAUAUCGUUUUACACUCGAUAUCUAAUUGGUUUUCGAGGUUUUUGUUAGUUUUUAUGUGUGUUUUUGUUCUUUGUUUGAAGGUUAGGUGAAAGUCUAUGAUUUGGAAGGUUUUGAACAAUUUUUGGUGGAAAAAGACAGCAAACACAGCAUUUAGGCGCCAAUUUAUAACGUUUUGGCGCUGAUUUUUACGGUACCAACACGUUUGGACUGAACCGGUAGCGUUUUGGCGCCUAUGACAGCGCUGCAGCGCUCUAAAAACUGACGUUGACGCUGAUUUUGCAUAGACAGCGCCGCAGCGCUUGGAGAUCAACGCCGCGGCGCUACGACGCGAGAAAAUACAUGUUUUGAAGGCAAAUCGUGAGAAAAUUUACCCGUUUUGACCAUAAUGCUCCAAAACAUAUAAAUAGAUGAUUGUAGGGCAAUUUUGGGAAACUUUUGGGCUGGAGUGACGGCUGACUUUUGAGAGGAGAUUCCAGCAGAGAAAGGAGAAUUGAGUACGGAGAAGAACAACGGCUAAAAUCCGGAGACGGAGACGCUUCAAUUCAACUCCAAACUAAUUAUUUUCUUU